AUAAUUAAGAGAAAAAAAAUAUUUGUUUUCUGUGUUUCAAAAAUAUAAAAACCUACUAAUUUUAUGUGGGUCCCACUCCGCAUAAUUAUGCAUUCUCUCUCCACCCUUAUUCCAAUUCCACCACCAUUUUUUUCUUUUUUCGUUCUUUCAUUCAUUCAUUUCUUUUCUGUACCUUCUCACUCCUGUCCGUCCCUUGUGUCAAACACCUUUUUGGAACUUUUCAAGCUCUAAAACACUUUUUCACAAGCAAUGCCUGCAAAAAGUUCAUUAGGGUUCUCUCUUCUUCUUCCCCAAAACCCUGCUUUUACUUUACCGUCCUCAUCUUCCUCCUCUGCUUACCCAAAUCCUUUAAAGCUUUUAUCUUUCUCUACCCUUUGAAUCUUAACAUCAAAACCCUCUUGUCGGUGCUUCUUUCAACUUCAGCUACCCAUCUUAGGGUUUCCAAUCGACGGCCCAACUCCCUUUUCGUGUUUGUGGAAUUUUCUUUUGUGGGUUGCUCUUUGGAGACUGUGAUUUUUGGUACAAUUUGUUUUUUCAGUUGUGUGUUUUUAGAUUUUCAAAGGCAGAGACAUUAUAGCGUCAAAAAGGGGAAUACUUUGUAUCUUUAGCUUUAUUUUUAUUUUUAUUAUUUUAUUUUUUUUGGGUAGAAGUUUUCUUUUUCUGAAAGCUUGCAUGUGAAGCAAUUUGAGCUUAAACAAGGAACGUGAUCGAAUUUACUGGAUCUUCUUCUUCUUGAGCAAAAUCCGUGAUUUGGGUUGUGCUUUUUGUCUUUAUCUAUUGGUGGGUAAUUUACUGGAUCGGAGUUUUUUUUUCACCCCUAUGGGCUACGUUGUUGAUUUUCUUUCACAUUGUUUUGCGUCCUCUGGGAUUCGUUUUGAAGAUGGUUACCGAUAGCAAAAAAGCUUUUGUAUCUGAGAAAUCAAGCUUUUUGUUUGAGGAGGAGAUUGUAGUAGUGAUGGAGGAUAUAGGAUUGUUCAACCAAGGUUGGAAAUGGCUACAAUCGCAGAAGCAUAUAUACUCGAGAGCAAGAACUGCGGCUAUCCAUUGCAGAGACAGAAUUGGGAUGACCAUAGAGAGACACUGGCCGAUGGUGUGCGAUGGAUGUGCCAGGCUAGGGAAGUUUUGGUGCUUUGUGGUCCUUUAUUGGAGGGACUGUGUUUUAAGAGGUUUCCAUUCGUUUAUAGGACUGAGUUCUGCUGCUCUGCUACUUAUCAUGUGGAGUUGCUUUCUUAGUUUGACUUCAGUGUCAUGCUUGGUUUAUGUACUUCUUAGUAUGGGAGUUGCUGGAGCUGCUAUACAGUACUUGGGUUACACUCCUGGACUUUUUAUUGUAGGCCUCUUUGCUAUUCUGAUUUUAUGGAUGUAUGCCAACUUUUGGAUAACAGGAACACUGUUUAUAGUCGGAGGUUAUUUGUUCUCUCUAAAUCAUGCACGUUUGGUGGUCUUAAUGGCAACAAUAUAUGCUAUUUAUUGUGUCAAAGUUCGAGUUGGAUGGCUUGGUGUUUUUCUCUCAGUCAACCUUUCGUUCUUCUCUAACGAUGCUUUAAAUUAUAUGCUCCAAUGGUGUGAUAAUGUGAGGGAAACCACAAACUUUGAGGAGCAGAAACAACCAGAAACUGUUAUGGAAGAUGAAUUUUCUGGAGAGUGUGAAUUCUCUAGUCCAAGUGAUGAAUCUGAAAAAUUACACUCUUGUAAAUCAUCCACUAAAGUGGCUACUUCAACUGUGAUUAAUAACCAGAAAGAAUCUUCUGCUACGGAGGUGAUCAAAGAGCAAACAAAUUCAGUUGAUGAGAUGAACAGAAUUUUAAAUAGCAUCGAUCAUUAUGAAGCACUUGGAUUUACUCGACACAAAAAGAUUGAUUCUUUGACUCUAAAAAAGGAAUACCGGAAAAGGGCCAUGCUUGUGCAUCCUGAUAAAAAUAUGGGAAGUCCACAAGCAAGUGAAUCGUUUAAGAAACUUCAAUGUGCAUAUGAGGUUCUUUCUGAUUCGACGAAGAAGAGAGACUAUGAUGAGCAGUUAAGAAAGGAAGAAUCCAGGACUAGGAGUGUCUGCCAGAGGUCUCAUAGCACUCCACGUCAGGAUGGUCAUGAUUAUUGCUCAGAAGAAUCCAGACGUAUACAGUGCACCAAAUGUGGAAAUUCUCAUAUUUGGAUAUGCACCAACCGGAGUAAAGCCAAGGCAAGAUGGUGCCAGGAUUGCCGUCAAUAUCACCAAGCUAAGGAUGGAGAUGGAUGGGUUGAAUACAAAGGCUCUCUGGUCUUUGAUAGGCCUCAGAAGGUGGAAAUACCCCGUGCAUUUGUUUGUGCCGAAAGUAAAAUCUUUGAUGUGUCAGAAUGGGCUAUUUGUCAGGGAAUGGCAUGUCGACCUAACACUCAUCGGCCCAGCUUCCAUGUGAACAUGGUUGGGUUGGAGAAAACCCAAAGAUCCAACUCAAGUAGAUUCCCUUGGGAUUUGGAUGCUGAAAUGAUGGAUGAGGAUGAAGAAGAAUUUGAGCUAUGGCUUCAGCAGGCCCUAGCUGCUGGCCUCUUCUGUGAGACCUCUAAACGCAGAAAGAGCUGGAGCCCAUUCAAGUUGCAUCACUUGAAAGGAAAGAAGCAUCGUGGAAGAACAUCAUAUUGAUUGACAUCAUGGGACAUGGGACAUGUGACACAAGACAAUUUUACUGCCUGUCCAAGAAAGAAGUAAAAAUGCUUUUGCUGGAACAUUUUGAGCGCGAAUUGUCAAGAUCAAGAUUGAUAGGUAGCUCACAUCAGCGAUAAAUCCAUAUCUACUUAUUAACAAUUGAAGAAGGAAAGAAGGUUCGUUUUUUGAGAGAGGAAAAGAAUCAAUGGGGUAACCUUGUGCCCUUAAAAGGUAAGGGCGUUUGAAGCACGAGAGCCUAGGUUUUUGUUGUGCUCGUUGCACGUUAAGCCCCUCAAUUUUCAAUUUUAUCAGGCUAAAACUAGUCGCAAAUCGUAGUAUCAAUCUGUGCCUUGCCCUUUACACUGACCUUCAGUACAAGGUAGCCUCUUUAAGAAUUCAUCAUGAACUCAACAUUUUGUACAUAUUUUCUUUAUUGUCAAUAAAAUUUCAUUGUCUUGGUGACU